UCGAACACCCGCCAAUAGUUUGAGCUUAGUUGCUGACCUAAAACUUGGUUGUGCGCUUCUGUUAGACGAAUGCUCGUAUGUACUGCGGUAGAACAUUUGAAAUUUCAAACAGCCGAAUACUUUUGUUUUUCUACACGCCUUUGUAAUUUUGAAUUGUGUAUGGUGUGACGUGUGCUGUACUUAAUUUCGUAUGACAGUAUCAGUCUCAAAUGCUUGAACUGUUAUAAAGAAGCUUUAUUCUUGCUAAAAUACAUUUGGAAAUGAUAUUGUGUCAUGACCUGAAAAUGGGGACUAAAAUGUGACGGAAAGCUGAUCUGAAGGAUUCACUUGCACAGGGAGGUGACACAAAGUGCGUCUUCGGUGAAGUGUGAUUACAAUGCCACAUGAAACGCAAUGAAGGCGGAAGUGAUUGGGUGGGUGGCCACAGCCGUUGGAAGUCCGAUAGUGAUCGUGACACUCUGUUGGACACUGGUGAUCUUCCACUGUCACCGCCAUUAUUGGCGGUCCACGGAUCUGCUCAUCGCCGCCAUAUUGUCACAAGGUGUUGUGAAACAGAUAGCGACGUUUGCUUACACCGUACUAACAUUGCUACAAACAUUAGACUCAAACGAGGCCUGGUGUUCAGCAAUUGUGUGGCUCCUAACAUCGGUACACAUUCUCCAAGCAGGAACCCUUGCAACGCUCAUUUUGUCGCGGCUUCUAGCUGUUCGGUCUCCUCUGAAAUACCGACAAGCUGUCAAACGUACCCAUAUUGUGUAUCAUCUUGUUUCAUUAUCAAUCCUGAGCUCAUGUAUAGGCUUAGCGGCAGUGUUGGCAGAAAGGAACGACCAUGGAUUACAGGCAGUAACUAAUUCAACAGUCGGUAGUUACGAUAUGAAAACACAACACUGUACCUUUCUACCUCAUGAAAUGGAUCGAAGAUAUGCAAUACUUUCAAUUACGCUUCAUUCACUACUCGAUGUUAUGUCUCUCGUUGCUCUAAUUGUUACGCUUUUCAGUUGGUGUUGCCUUUACAGGCGCCAGAAAUCGAAUAUUAGUGUUUCCCAACCUUCAACGAUGAUAGGAAGUCAUGGAAAUCAAAAGAGACAAUUACUAACCUCAUCUUCCGAUCUUUCAGCUAUGUCAGAUAUCUCUGUGACAUCAACUGCACGAAAUGGCAGCUCGACAACACAAAAUGGAGGUAAUGGAGGUAGUGAAGGGAGAAGAAACGCCGAGAUAUUGUCUGGAAAAUGUACAACAAAUGAUAAUCAAUUCAUGAAUGGCUUAAUGGAAUCUAAUUCAAGAUACAUCGAAAAUGGUGACGGUAAGCUGCAACCAACAAAGACAUACGCAACGCCUCCGCCCAAAACUACGAGUUUAGAUGCCCUACCCACUCUCUCUUGCAGUAUUGGUUUCGGCAGUGCUUUGAAAUCUGCGAGUGACGCGAAUUGCUUCCGUUCUAACGCCAACAAUGCGUUUCAUACAGUGUUUCCCAACUCGUCUGACCACGUCAUCAACUCCUCCGUUGAUACUUUGAAGUCCUGCGCUGUCAUCUCGAGUUAUAAUCACACCGCUCCAAAGUCUCUCACGACUAGCGGCUCCAACUACGAGACUUACGACCGGAACUACAGAACUCCUGGUAAUGGAAAUACCGAAGAUGGAUGUCGCUGGACAUCAGAAUCUUCGUACAUUUCUACAUCCACAUCUUCGACUAACAGCAGGGCCCCUUGUCUUGCCAGGGACGAUGGGGUCGUGGUGGAACAGGAGGAUUUGAGGCUCUCAUCGGUAAUACCUGUGCUGGUGCUGUGUUACGCCAUCAACCACCUUCCAGUACUGGGUCUCACUGUAGUAGGCAUGUUUGCCCCUUGGCUACUGCCCCAGCUGUGGUCAUUACCAGCCCUGGUAUUGUGGGCAGGACUAGCUGAGGAAUGUCUCCUGCCUAUCCUCCUCUCCUUGUGUGACAGGAACUUUACAGCAUGGGUGGCCAAUAUUUACACCUACAGAGACAGAAGGUUAACAGAUUUGGCCAGACAGCAUCAAGGACUGGAUGGUAAAUUCAGAGUGUUCAAUGCACACUCUCAGAAUCAGACCGAGAGUCAGAGCUCCAAUCAGCUGCAGUCUCAACAGCAGCAGCAGACCUUGCAACAAGAACCUGUCAAGUUCCCAAUCACCAAUGGCUCUCUCUUCACCAGCGUUGAUGGUCGACUGCCUAUAAUACAUAACUACAGGAGAGGUAUGAGAACAAAUGGAGCUGUUCCUUCUCAGAUCAUCAGUAUGGGACUGCCAGUUGCUCAGACAAGAAGACAUGAAUUACUUCAGAGACUUAUCAGUCUCAAUAAAGCAGCCAUAGAAAAUCAACAUUCAGAUCUCUUCAAAGAACGAACCAGUGAUGAGACUUGUAAACUACCACAAAUUUUUUCAGAAAAAUCUUGUGAUUUUCAGGUCUACUUGCAAACUGGAAGGGAUACUAUUGAAAAGAAAGCUACUAACCCAAUAACACAUAAUUCCAGACAACAGAAUGAAACUGGGAGUGUUCUGACGGAUUUUGGAAUAGGAAAUUUGAACUCUGAGGAACCGUCAUCAGAUUGCGAAGACUAUUUGAAUUCUGAAGGCCUUAAUGAGUAUAAUGUUGAUGAUGACGAUGAUGAACCUAUCUAUGCAACCCUGUCAUCACGCAGCUGCUGCUCUGCAACCACUGCUGCCAAUGAUGAUUUUGAAUUCUUUCAACAUGAAGAGAAAUUUUCCACACAUGUAAGUAAUGACACAGAAAAAAGCACCAUGCUACAAAUGCCUGAAAAGCUUUUUUUAUGUGGAUCACAGUCUGAGGAAGAAAAUUCUGGCCAGUCUUUGCUCAGCAGGUACCAAAGAGAGAUGGUGGGAACAGGAGACUCUGUGCAUCAGGAAUGUCAGUGCACAGAUUGGACUGUCAAUCAAAAUAAUGAAGUUUUAAAACUUGUACUACCACUGAUAGGGUCUUCCCAGAAUCAAAAUGAUAAUAUGGAAUUAUCUUACCACAGUAAUGAAACAAGUAAGGGAAAAAAUAUAACACACUCUAAAACUAUUAUUCAGAAUGCAAGUGAAAUUUUGAGAGCUGUCAUCCAAAAUGAACUGAAGAAUAGCACAAGUAAUGCCUUCAAGAAAGGCACCAAUGAUAAUACUGGCUCAAAUAUUGGUGGUACUGAGUCCAAGAGCAAAGAUAAUUCUUGCCGCCAUCAGUAUGGUUCCAACACAAAUAGCAAGAAUAUCCAGUCCAGCUGUGAGCCAUAUUUGGAGGCUGAGGAUCAGAAAGAAAUUAUUUCCCCCCCGAGAAAGUGUGAGAAUCUCAAGUUACAGGUCGCCAACAUGACUAGGAAAAAGAGGGUUAAACAAAACAUGCUGGCAGGUUCACUGUCUUUGAACAAUCUGGAUGAACUAUUAUUAGAAGAGGAUGAGGGUGAUUUAGUUGUCCAGAAAAGAAACAUCAGAAAAAGUUCGAAUUCAAAGAUGAGAAAUCGGCCUCAGAAUGAUCCUAAUUCUUCUGAUGAAAGAGAGGUGAUUUUUGAACUUCCAGUGAAGAGUGAAUCUGUGCUAAGUUUGUAUCGGCUUGACCUUGAUGCAGAAAGCAGAUCUAGCGAAUGUACAGUCACUGACUUAAGCUACAAAGAUGUCAACAGCAGACGUUUCCAUAAACAGAUACCAGGAAACCGUCACAUCGUAGGGCAAACUCCUGCAAGACGUUUGGCUCAACAAACACCACCUAUGAGAAGAAUCCACAGACAGAAGCAGCUUCCUGUGCCAGUUCUUUCUGUUGAAUCACUUACCACAGCUCUGACUUGCGCUGGAGUGUCGUAUUUGGACAAUGGAGAUCUUUGCAGGCAUGGCAGUGUUCCAGAUCUCCAGAGAGUGUUUGUGUCAGACUAUAUAUGAAUUAAAUUGUAUUUCAGCAUCCUGUUGCAUUGAUGUAUCACUUUAUACACUUGUCUUUAAUGUACCUUUGUUUACAAUUUAUCCUUAAUUUGAAAUAAUGAUAUUAAAAUUACAAUUAAACCGCUACAUGUUUCAGCCUUACUUGGCCAUCCACAGGAAGCUGUUCAUUUGUUGAAACUACUGCAAUACAUUAGGUCUUAAGUUAAAAUAUUCCAUUAUUGCAUUUUUAUCAUUCACAUUUAAAACAUUUGCUUGAGAACAUCACACUUUAUCUCUUCUUGCGCCUGUCUUCGUCUUUUGUUUAGCCAUAUGAAUAUCAGUGUGGACAACAAUAAAGCGACACACACUUGACUGAAGCAAAUGGACUAAAGCAACUGAGUGGGAACACACAUACUAAUGGUGCACAUAAAAAUACCACCAUCACCACCACCACCACACUCACUCACUGAUAUUCACAGGGCUAAACAAAAUGAAACAAUAGACUGAUGCCACAAGAAGGUUGCACAAGAAAAGAUAAAGGUGACAUUCUCAAGCAAAUAUAUUUUAAUGGGAAUGACAAAAUGCAAUAACAUUGGAAUGUUUUAACUUCAGAAGUAAUGUAGUGUAGCAGUUUCAACAAAUGAACAGUUGCCUGAAGAUGGCCAACUAAGGCCAAAAUAUGAGGCAGUUUUAACUGUAAUUUUAUUAAAUUAAGGAGUCAUUGUAAACGAACAAAGUUUCAUUGAAGAUGGAAACAAGUGUAUAAAGUUACAUAGAAUGAUUGAAAGAGGCGAAGAUUACUGCCAUCUAUGAUGUGAUGCUAUGUACUCUGUAGAUCAUUAACAGACUGCACUGUCCCACAUUACAGAACCUACAUUUUUCAAGCGCACCUGCAGUGAAUUCCACAAUUAGGCACAAAAACUUUAAACUCAAAUAGAGAAAAAAAAAUUUGGACAUAAUUAGAAUUUUUCCUAUGUUUAUGAAGUUCCAGUGUAUUACUAUCAGAGAUACUACACUGGGUUAGAAUACAACACAUUUCAAAGAAGCUGUGCAGUAACCACUGGAAAAAGCAAAACUGUGUUUCAUGUUCAAAGGGUGGAUAAAAAGAUAAUGGUUGACUACAUUCAACUUCCUUGUAAACUGUUAUUUAUUGAUUACUCUUAUUACUAGGGCCCGGAUUUUUAUGACCUAAAAACUAUAAAUAUAUGCAUGCACUUAUGACCCAAAAUUAUGUCA